ACAACAAAGAUGUUCUCCGUCGCUCUGCUUCUGGCAUUAUUGGGAACCUCUGGAAUAGCUAAAGCAGCAACAGAAUGUGGAAUUCCACAGAGUUCCGAGCGCAUCAUGGGGGGGCAGGCUGCAGCACAAAACAAGUGGCCCUGGCAAGUCAGCUUGAGAGAUACGAAUGGACGGCACUUCUGUGGGGGAAGCCUCAUCAAUAACAAAUGGGUGGUGUCUGCAGCUCACUGCAUCAACAAUCCCAGUGACUUAUCCUCGAUUGUGGUCUUCCUGGGGUCCUACAUGCUAAGUGAGCCCAACCAGCAGGAAAUCCGUGUUGCGGUGAUGAGAAUAAUCGUACAUCCCCGCUAUGAUAAGUAUUCAAGCAUCAACGACAUCAGCCUCUUGGAGCUUGAAAAUGAGGUGGUUCUUACAGACGCCAUCAUUCCCGUUUGCCUCCCUACCGCUGCUGUCACGUUUCCAACAGGCCUGAAGUGCUGGGCAACAGGCUGGGGAGCCAUUUUGCCUGGUGUUCCUUUGCCGAACCCCAAGAUCCUGCAGGAAGUGGCGCUGCCAAUGAUUGACAGUCAGACUUGUUCUCAGUAUUUUAGCACCCCUUCCACUAAGGCAGCAAUUAGUCCAAAUCUCAUGAUAUGUGCCGGCUACAUAGAUGGGGGAAAAGACACCUGCCAGGGUGACUCCGGGGGGCCCUUGGUUUGCAGUGAAAACAAUCGCUGGUACUUGGGCGGGAUUGUGAGUUACGGAGCGAGUUGCGGGAAGCCGUACAGACCCGGGGUUAAUACCUUCCUGCCGCCCUUUAUUGGCUGGAUUGAGUCCACUGUUCCCAACAUCUCAGCCAAUGUGCGAUAUGUGAACUUUACAGGUCCAUUCAUUUCCCUUUAUAAUACAGCGCCAACCUUCUUCAUCUUCACCUUUCUCCUUCCUUGUGAGCUCCUUCUGCUCAUCAGCCAGUGGAGCCUUUUUCUUUGAUAGAACAUGUUGAUUUUGUCUGGUUCCAUCUAUAUACACUGAAGGGUGUUUUAUAAAGGCUCUUUGGGUAAAUCUCACCCUUUGAAGGUCCAACAGAUUAAAUUUCGAGCCUUCUUCUUUGAUAGAACAUGUUGAUUUUGUCUGGUUCUAUCUAUAUACACUGAAGGGUGUUUUAUAAAGGCUCUUUGGGUAAAUCUCACCCUUUGAAGGUCCAACAGAUUAAAUUUCAAGCCUUCUUCUUUGAUAGAACAUGUUGAUUUUGUCUGGUUCCAUCUACAUACACUGAAGGGUGUUUUAUAAAGGCUCUUUGGGUAAAUCUCACCCUUUAAAGGUCCAACAGAUUAAAUUUCAAGCCUUCUUCUUUGAUAGAACAUGUUGAUUUUGUCUGGUUCCAUCUACAUACACUGAAGGGUGUUUUAUAAAGGCUCUUUGGGUAAAUCUCACCCUUUGAAGGUCCAACAGAUUAAAUUUCGAGCCUUCUUCUUUCAUAGAACAUGUUGAUUUUGUCUGGUUCCAUCUACAUACACUGAAGGGUGUUUUAUAAAGGCUCUUUGGGUAAAUCCCACCCUUUGAAGGUCCAACAGAUUAAAUUUUGAACUCUCUUCGUCAACAUAAAAAAAAAUCUAUCAUUAGUGCAACUGGACCCCACAUACGAAUGGGUAAAUUGCGCUGAUCUGAUUGAACUAAGGGCAGAUGCCUACACUGGUCAGAAUACUACAAUGGAGAGAAGAAACCCCUGUUUCUGGGGCAAUUAAUAACAUCAUAAAGGCUUUUUAUGGGGCCAUGGGUUUGGCUGGUAAAUGUUGACUGCAAUAGAGGUUGACCAACCAAAUCAAUUGUUAUGUCACAUGUAAACAAACAUUUAUGGCUGGAUAGUAACCACACUGUAAUGGGGUGGACAGCUAAUGGGUCAUAUUGGAGGUAUGUGGUUAAUUCUUGACAUUCGAUUGUUUACGAUGUGUGGAGAGACCACAGUAGGAGGUGGCAUGGAGCUCUUAUGAUUCAUGGCACCCGUGUGUUUUAGAUUACGUUGGUGAAGGGAAAUGAGCCAAUCAAACACCCGUGCCUGCCUCAUAUAAAUGUCUAUGAGUAUUGAUAGAGGAGAAUUAGUCAGGAAUGUCGACUUACGGGUUCCCCAGCAAUCCCAUUGCCUGCCUUAGGCAGCUUGUUGCCAGUUUACAUAAAUCCGAGGCGGCUGUUAGCAAGCCCAGACAAUCUCACCAUAAAGGUGUCUACUGUCUACUAUUAAAGGAACACUAAACCCAACCGUAAAGCUGUCCCACUGCGCCCCCUAGUUCUCUAUAGAAGUUGAU